GACGUCAACAGUAAAACCUGCUCUGGCUGGGUUGGCUGCUGUCGCUCGGAAAGUAAAGUGUUUCGCGUGUGCCUGGCGUCAGAGUUUUUGUUGUCUGUCCUUCACUUUGUGUGUCUGUUUUAACUCUAGCGUCAACGAUUAUAAACAUUUUAAAUCAAAGACACGGAUUUUUAUAUAUUUUAGAUCAAAUACUUUUCCGGAAACUGGCUGGCGGAUCUUCGAGAUGGAUAAGCUAACUGAUAGCUGACUUGCUAUCAAAGAUCACGGGUCAAGAAUAGGAUUCAAGCUAGCAUGCUAACGCCUAGCUCGUUUGUUAGCACUAAUACCUGUUCACUCAACAAAGUUGGGCCGUGUCGUCUUUUAUACUAGAUCAUAUUUUUUCUCUUGUGUACGUACGAGCCCAACUUUGCACAGGCCGGCGAACCCAGGAAGAAGGGACGGUGCACACAAUAAAUAACUGAAGGUGGCUCUUAGUAUCUGUCACAACAUGCUGUCCAAUGCACAGAACCAGCCACUGUUCCCCAACCCACAGGGCCAACCAAACCCCGCGGGUCAGCUCUUACAGUUCCACGUGAAACCCAGUUUACAGAUUAAGAAGAACGCCAUUACAGACGACUACAAGGUGACCAGCCAGGUGCUUGGCUUGGGAAUCAAUGGCAAGGUGUUGGAGAUAUUUCAGAAGAAGAGUGGGGACAAGUAUGCGCUCAAGAUGCUACAAGAUUGUGCCAAAGCCCGCAGGGAGGUGGAGCUUCACUGGAGGGCAUCCCCUUGUUCCAACAUUGUACGCAUCAUUGAUGUCUACGAGAACCUCUACCAGGGCAGAAAGUGUCUGCUCAUUGUCAUGGAGUGCAUGGAUGGAGGAGAGUUGUUCAGCAGAAUUCAAGACCGGGGGGAUCAGGCUUUCACAGAAAGAGAGGCAUCUGAUAUAAUGAAGAGCAUUGGCGAGGCCAUUCAGUUCCUCCAUGCAAUCAAUAUUGCACACCGAGACGUUAAGCCUGAAAACCUACUUUAUACCUCCAAGAAGCCCAACGCACUGUUAAAGCUCACAGACUUUGGCUUCGCCAAGGAGACCACCACACACAACUCCCUGGCCACGCCCUGCUACACGCCCUACUACGUGGCUCCUGAGGUGCUGGGCCCUGAGAAGUACGAUAAGUCCUGCGACAUGUGGUCAUUGGGGGUCAUCAUGUACAUCCUGCUGUGCGGGUACCCUCCGUUCUACUCCAACCACGGCCUGGCCAUCUCCCCCGGGAUGAAGAAGAGGAUCAGGAUGGGCCAGUACGAGUUCCCCAACCCAGAGUGGUCUGACGUGUCGGAGGAUGCCAAGCAGCUCAUCAGGACCCUGCUGAAGACCGAGCCCACACAGAGAAUGACUAUUACCGAGUUUAUGAACCACCCAUGGAUAAAUCAGUCCAUAGAGGUUCCCCAGACCCCGCUGCACACCAGCCGCGUGCUGAAGGAGGAGAAGGACGCCUGGGAGGAUGUCAAGGAGGAAAUGACCAGUGCCUUGGCGACCAUGAGGGUCGACUACGAGCAGAUCAAGAUCAAGACCAUCGAGGACGCCAGCAACCCGCUGCUGAAGAAGAGGAGGAUGAAGGCCAACAACGCCAUGGCGGACACACAGACACCGGCCCACUGAACCACGGCCUGCAUGCACGUGCGCACACAUGCACGCAGGGGCGAACUCACUCGUGCAAAGAAAGGAAGCAAUAAUUAAUCCCAUCAGAGGACGCGAGUUGCGAUGCAUGGAUUUUAAGUGUUUUUUUUAAUUCGUAUUCAUUUGAUUCUGUUUUUUUUUUUCCCUCCACGAGUUUAAAAGUUCUACUGUUUUGUAGGAAUGUUCUUGUUCUUAUUACACAAGCAUUUUAACCAAGCAACCACUCUGCCUUCACACAGAGGUUAUGUUGAUUAAAGGUUUUUACAGCAGUACAGAGAUUAUGAAUCCUAGCAAUGGAGACGGGGGGGGGGGGACAGUGUCGCCGUCUUCUCUCCUGCCUUCUGUUUCAGGUUUUACUGAGAGAGGCUUGAACCAUAGAAUAGAGACGCAAAGCCUUAGAAAUAGAAGUUAGUUAAACCCCCCCUUCCCCACCCGAAAAAAAAUCCAAAAAAAUGUACCUGUGAAUGUGUUAUAAAAUGGCUAUAUCCCAAAAAGUAAAGCAAGGGAAAGAUGUUUCUGAUGCAAACGUCUGCGAUGAUGGCAGACUUUAUUUUUUAAAUGACUAGAGGAAUGUAAAGCACUCUGUCCCUAAAACCUUCACUUGAAUGGAAUCUUUAUCGUUCUUCACCAGGGAAGUGUACGUCAAAUGGAUAGAUAUAUAUAUAUUUUUUUCUUCUUUUCCUCUUGUGAAUGUAGACCAGAGGCCUAUACAGACAAAGCGAACAUAUCCCAUAACGAUUUUUCCGGGCCACGUCGUACUCCUGACUAUGACUAAAACUCAAUGACAGCAUCCCGGGGAAUAUACUGGGGUCUUAUAGUUGAGACAGCGAGCCCCUUUUCCCCUCUGCCCCGCUCUGCUGCGGCCUGUGGUCAUCCGCCUCUCGGGUGAGUCAGUCGGAGGGCCGUGAUCCGCAUGCCGUACGCGUGGGAGGAAGUUCCUACUGCGGCUUAUAGAGAAGUCGGAGGCAGGCCAAUACUGUACUUUUUGCGGGGGCUUUCUCUAAGGAGCUCCACACGCACUGUAGCAUGGACCUUAUUCAUUGUGGAUGUAAUUUAGCAACAAUGGACUUGAGACCUGUGCUCCUUUUUCUCAAUGGUGGGCCACAAGACAUUGACACAUGAUGAGACACUUCAGGUUGAUGCUACGCAGGUGUCGUAAACUCAAUUCACCUCUAGAACCCUCUAUUCUUUACUUUUUAUUUUUUGCUAAUAUUUUGAAGCACCAAUAGGGCGUUGAUGUGGGUUUGUAAGAGGCAGCAUCCAAAUGGGGAUUAGGGUACCACUUGACGUCCAUUUAGGGAUAAGGGUGCUACCCGACGUCCACUGGGGGAUUAGGGUGCCACCUGAUGUCCACUGGGGGAUAGGGUGCCACCUGACGCCCACUGGGGGAUUAGGGUGCCACCUGAUGUCCACUGGGGGAUUAGGGUGCUACCUGACGUCCACUGGGGGAGUAGGCUGCCACCUGAUGUCCACUGGGGGAUUAGGGUGCCACCUGAUGUCCACUGGGGGAGUAGGGUCUCAACCUGACGUCCUUUAAUCUAACUGAGUCGUUGACCCUGGUUGAAGUGUUUGUUGCGUUUCAGUCUGUGCUUAGUGAGACUGCAAACUAACAGGAUUCUGUAUGUGUGUCCUUCUUAAGAUCAGUACCUUUUUAAUUGGACUGUGCCAGGCCUGAAGUAAAGUUUGCCCCUCUGGGCGGAAUUUUUUUUGACAUACCACCAGCAGUCUAUCGUUCAGACGUUGUGAACUCUCUGAAAUGUUCAGUUGACUUCCAUUUGUACAAUGAGUCUCUUACCACAGCUCACCACCAGGGAUAUUGGGAAAAUGAGUUGCAAUGUUGUCUUUGAUUUUAUUUUUUUCUUAUUUUCAACACAAAAAAAAUCACGUCCAUGUUUACUUUUUUUUGUUGUCACGUCUCACAAAUCUCACAGUAAAGAGAAUGUUCAUGGACUGUUUCUGUGCCCUUCUUUUUUUUCUUUUUCUUUUUUAUCCUCUAUACAAAUACUUAAUUUGGUUCUUACUUUAACUAGAGUAUUCCAAGUUCUGCUGGGCUUUUUAUUUUUGCUAUGUACUGGAAUUACUUAUUUGCAAUUCAACACAAUUGACUAUACAUUCGAAGACGGGUUGGGAAUGGAUCAGGUAGCAUUUUAAAACCAGGUUCUUAUUGCAUGUAUAUAUAUCCCAAUUAGAAGAUUACAUACUUAGGCGUCACAGAACCAUGAAUUGCUAAUUCCAUAAACUGUAUGCGAUGCCUUCAGUUUUUCCUACAACUUCAGGAGCAUUAAGAUGACCAAACCAACCCAUCUCGAGCAUAUAGGAAGUGUUAUUAUGACAAAAAUCCAUGAAGAGCAGAUAUUUGAUAUUGAUAUAUGAUAUUUUAUGGGGUUGAUAUAUGCUAAAGUUCAGCCAAUCAAGUAACGUCAAUCUUGAUACUAAAAUUAAAUUGAUGAAGACCUACAAAGACCCUUAGCGGUUGAGACAUUGACUUUUGGAAUCGGUCGUCAUUUCCAGUUUUUGUGCGAUGUUUCCUGUAAUAUCCGUGCAAGAGCAGAUGGAAGUCUGAGUCAGCAGCACUUCAUGUCAAUUAGGUUGUCACCUUUUGCUUCUUCAAAAGGUGAAACCUACAGUCAUUGAGAGUAUGUCAAGGGUGAGAGCGUCUAGACAGAAGAUUAAUCCCAAUUUUAACUAACCAGCCUAUGUUUUGAAUAGCUGGAUUGUCAGUUAUUCCAUACAAAUGAUCAAUAUUUAUUUUCUAAAUAAUGCAAUUUCCAUUGACUGUUCCUUUUUCUUUCUAAAUAUUUUGUUUGUAUUAAUCGGGUGAAAAAUUUUUGGGCUGCGUUUUAUUUUGGACUGCGUAGUAAAUAAAACAUUCUGCAGAAUCCAGAAUGCUAAAUUGCAAACAUUUGCAUUUUUUAAUCCAUUGCCAUUUUAGGGUUUACAGUAGUUUCGUAUCAAUAACUUCCUGGUUAGGAAGCUUCUUGGCUUCUAACCGACAAGGUUCUAGAACCUUCUCGGCCAGUUGCCAGAUGUCAACCCUAAAGUGUGUACAGUACACCUCGUUCCUUUUUAUGGUGUGGUUUCCACACAAAUAGUGGUAAAGCACCACGUGAACAACGCCAGAGUAAAGAACAUCUCAACCUACAAAUGGUGCAACUGGAAACCUCAUUUAGGGCUUCUCUGUGGACGUGCCUCUGUCACAUUUACUUAUGCAUAAAUUACAGUGAGGGAUAAUUUCUACUCCCUAGAAAAAGAUCGACAUUCAGAAAUUAUUACUCUUGUCUUCUAUAUUUCAUAAAUAUUUGUAUUCUAUUAAUUAGUGAACAUACUUAUUCAGUACUCAAUACUUUUCAGUAAUUGUCUGUGUGUCUGCAUAUUUUGGCGGUUGCGGUUCCUUUUACUAUUUAGUUUCCUUGAGCGUUCCAACACGCUAACCAUAGAACCGUGUACAUUAACCCAGAAAAGCCACAUCUCUGGCACUAUUUGUAUUACUACUACUACACCAUGUUUUCAAAAUGCGGGUUGCUUUAGUUUUUUUUUAAUUGCUUGAACAAUAUAUAUAGACACAUGCUCAGACCAAAGUAACAGAACUUUAAGUUUUUGUUACUAUACCUUAAACAUGUGUAACCAUUCCUUAAACAAAAGCGCUGAUUUUGCACUUUAGUUGCUAUUCUGCAGCACACUUGCUCCUCCACACUACACACUAUUUCAAACAUAAGACACUUAGUUCAAAAAUGACAUCUCAGU